AUGGCUGAUUCGAAGGGCUCGUCUCUGGCUGAUACCUUUGUCAAGGCACCUUUCUUGAACAUCAUCAGUUUCUUUUACAUGAUCUUCCAGGGCAUCCUCAAUUGGAUAUUUGCUCCUUCCCCUCCCCCGCCAUCCUCUAUCGCCAACGGCCUUCCUAAGAAGAGGGUUGCUAUCAUUGGCGCUGGUUUGACUGGUGUAUCUUCUGCCGCUCAUUGUAUUGGCCAUGGCUUCGAUGUGCAGAUCUUCGAGUCGCGACCCAAGAAUGAAGGUCUGGGAGGAAUCUGGAGUAGGGUCAACUCCACCUCCUCUCUACAGGUACAUAGCAUCAUGUAUCGAUUCCACCCGUCUGUGAAGUACGAUGCCGCCUAUCCAACUCAGCAGGAGAUCCGCGAUCAGAUCAUUGAUGUGUGGAGGCUUUAUGGGCUCCAAAAGCGCACCGUGUUCGAAACUCCAGUGACAUCCGUCAAGAAGACCAAGGAUGACAAGUGGAUUAUCAACGACAGUGAAGCGAAAUAUGGCCGCUUUGACGGUAUUGUGGCUGCUGUGGGUGUCUGCGGGGACCCCAAGGUACCCACUCUACCCGAUCAGAGCAACUUCGAGGGCGAUAUCUACCACUCAUCGCAACUCGAUGGUAAGGACGUCAAAGGCAAGAAGGUUCUUAUUGUUGGUGGUGGUGCCAGUGCCAUUGAAGCCCUAGAGUUUGCCGUCAAGUCUGGGGCCGGUGAGAUCGAUGUACUGUCGCGAUCAGACAAAUGGAUCAUUCCUCGAAAUGUUUUCGUGCAGUCACUGCUGGCGCUCAACAUCUUCGGGCAAGAGACAUUCCUUUCAUGGAUUCCUGAGUGGCUACUCCAUAAGUUCUUCUAUCGCGACCUACAGGAUAUCGCCCCGUCUGGGGGUCUGUUCACUCAGACACCCAUGGCCAACUCUGAGCUUUUUGACCAGAUCCGUGAGGGUAAGGCCCGCUGGAUUCGUGGUGAUAUUGUCUCUCUUAAAAAUAAUGGUGUUCUGUUCAACCACCGGUCCAAGGGAGUGCCCAAGGGUGGUCCUGGCCGCGAAUCCGUCGUCCCCGGUGAUGUUAUCAUCAUGGCAACUGGAUUCAAGCGACCAUCGUUGUCCUUCCUUCCAGAGGAGGUCUUUGAGGACCCCUACGGACCACCCAACUGGUACCUGCAGGUUUUCCCUCCCAAGUACACGAGUCUCUGCGCCAACAACAGCACUUACGUCAAUGCUAUUGGAACUGUUGGUAACAUGCACAUCGGCAUUUACACUCGCUUCCUGCUUAUGUUCCUGGUCGACCCACUGACCCGGCCCACGGAAGGUCGGAUGAAGACCUGGAUCGACUUCACACGUUUUAUGAAACGUCUAUCUCCAACGGGGGCCUUUGACUUCUUCACUUACGCAGAGUUGAUCUACUGGUACGUGUUUGUGAUCUUGGUCAACCCCUUCCGGUGGAAGUGGGCACCGUUCGUCUUCUUCGGUGUUGGACGUGCUUUGCCUUGGGAAAUUGUCAGACAAGAGGAAUCUAUUCGCAAGGAGUUGAGGAAGCAGCGCUAG